UGGUCGCGUUACGCUCAGAACUUUCUUAAACAGACGGAAUCCUUUUGACUAAUAUAUAUAUAUGAUUUGGUUCGCGCAACGGCGAAAGUAGAAAAAAAAUGACGGAACUUCGUGUGAUUUGACAGUGAAGAAACAUUUAAUGGGAAAAGUGCCUCGGUAUCCUGUGAUAUCCGGAUUUUGGCCAGCGGACCGACAUUGGUAAUCAGUGAACGGAAGGAAAGCUCGAGGCGUGGAACGCGAAAGGGUGAGAUAGGGGUGAACUGGUGGAGGGUGAGGCUGAAGUGAUGACGGGCGAGGAAGGAAAGUGCGGGGGUGGAACUGGCACUGGUGGGGAUGCCGGUGUUGGAAACACGAACACGAACCUUACCGAUAAUGUGAACAAUAUUAAUGCCAACGUACAUGCGAAUCUUAACGCCAACAUUAAUGUCAGCCAACAGAAUGGAGGACCGGAAAAAGCGCCUGUCGUCGGCGGUACCAAUGUGGAAACGUUACCUCGCACUGGUAAACAGAGCGAUCCCAGUACGGCGUUUCUCCGUGCGGCUCGUGCAGGGCAGCUGGAAAAGGUUUUGGAAUACCUGGAAUCGGGAGUGGACAUUAAUGCUUCAAAUGCUAAUGGAUUAAACGCUUUACAUCUGGCAGCUAAAGAUGGUCAUUUGGAAAUCGUCAGAGAACUUCUCAAACGUGGUGCAGUGGUCGAUGCUGCUACCAAAAAGGGAAAUACAGCAUUACAUAUCGCUUCUCUUGCUGGACAGGAGGAGGUGGUACAAUUGCUGGUACAACGAGGUGCUUCUGUGAAUGCACAGUCACAAAAUGGGUUCACACCAUUAUAUAUGGCUGCUCAGGAAAAUCAUGAUUCCGUAGUCAAAUUUCUCUUGAGCAAAGGUGCCAAUCAAACAUUGGCUACCGAGGAUGGUUUCACCCCAUUAGCAGUAGCAAUGCAACAGGGCCACGACAAGGUGGUAGCAGUUCUGUUGGAAAAUGACACUCGUGGUAAAGUUCGAUUGCCUGCUCUCCACAUUGCUGCCAAGAAAGACGAUUGCAAGGCGGCUGCCCUACUUUUACAAAACGAUCAUAAUCCCGAUGUAACAUCGAAGAGCGGUUUCACACCGCUCCAUAUAGCAGCGCAUUAUGGUAACGAUCGAAUUGCAUCCUUGCUUUACGAUAGAGGAGCAGAUGUAAAUUUCGCAGCUAAGCACAAUAUUACGCCGAUGCACGUAGCGGCAAAAUGGGGAAAAAUAAAAAUGGUAAAUCUUUUGAUGAGCAAGGGAGCAAAUAUCGAAGCGAAAACGAGAGAUGGCCUUACACCCCUUCAUUGCGCAGCACGAUCUGGUCAUCACGAAGUUGUUGAUAUUUUAAUAGAGAAAGGUGCACCGAUCGGUUCCAAGACGAAGAAUGGUCUUGCACCGUUGCACAUGGCUUCUCAAGGAGAUCACGUUGACGCUGCGAGGAUAUUAUUGUAUCAUCGAGCACCCGUGGAUGAAGUGACGGUAGAUUACUUGACGGCGCUACACGUGGCAGCUCAUUGCGGACACGUACGAGUGGCUAAGCUCUUACUUGAUAGAAAUGCUGAUCCAAACGCACGAGCUCUAAACGGCUUUACUCCACUUCAUAUUGCCUGCAAAAAGAACAGACUGAAGGUCGUUGAGCUCCUCUUAAAGCACAAAGCUAGCAUCGAAGCCACUACAGAGUCUGGAUUGACGCCUCUACAUGUAGCAAGCUUCAUGGGGUGCAUGAACAUAGUGAUUUAUUUACUGCAACAUGCAGCUAGUCCCGAUAUACCGACAGUAAGGGGCGAAACGCCUUUGCAUUUAGCUGCGAGAGCGAAUCAGACUGAUAUUAUCAGGAUACUUCUUAGAAAUGGUGCCCAAGUUGAUGCCAGAGCAAGGGAAGAACAAACACCUCUUCAUGUUGCUUCCCGAUUAGGCAACGUUGAUAUCGUAAUGUUAUUACUUCAACACGGUGCCGAUGUAGAUGCUACGACUAAAGAUUUAUAUACACCGCUUCAUAUUGCCGCUAAAGAAGGUCAAGAAGAGGUUGCAUCCGUUUUAUUAGAAAACGGCGCUUCGCUUACCGCGACGACCAAAAAAGGAUUCACUCCUUUACAUUUGGCAGCUAAAUAUGGUAAUAUGAAUGUAGCAAGAUUACUAUUGCAGAGGAAUGCACCAGUUGAUGCCCAAGGAAAGAAUGGCGUAACUCCACUUCACGUAGCAUCUCACUACGAUCAUCAAAAUGUAGCUUUACUUCUACUUGAUAAGGGUGCAUCACCUCAUGCUAUGGCUAAAAAUGGUCAUACCCCAUUACAUAUUGCAGCACGCAAGAAUCAGAUGGAUAUUGCAACUACUUUAUUGGAAUACGGAGCAAAAGCAAACGCGGAAUCAAAAGCAGGAUUUACGCCGCUACAUUUGAGUGCACAAGAAGGCCAUACUGAUAUGUCAACACUACUUAUUGAGCACAAAGCAGAUACAAAUCACAAAGCAAAGAAUGGUCUCACGCCGCUUCAUUUGUGCGCACAAGAAGACAAAGUCAAUGUUGCAUCUAUUCUUGUUAAAAAUGGUGCCCAGAUUGAUGCUAAGACAAAGGCUGGUUACACUCCGUUACAUGUGGCAGCUCAUUUUGGUCAAGCAGCUAUGGUACGAUUCCUUUUACGAUCUGAUGCAGCAGUUGACAGCAGUACGAAUGCUGGAUAUACUCCAUUGCAUCAAGCUGCUCAACAAGGUCAUACAUUAGUGAUCAAUUUGUUGCUUGAGGGUAAAGCAAAACCGAAUACAACUACUAAUAAUGGACAAACUGCUUUGGAUAUUGCACAAAAACUUGGUUACAUUAGUGUCAUCGAAACUUUGAAGGUAGUUACAGAAACUAUCAUUACAACGACUCAUACAGUUACUAUUGAAGAAAAAUACAGAGUGCAAGCUCCUGAAUCAAUGCAAGAAACAUUUAUGAGCGAUAGCGAAGAUGAAGGGGGUGGUGAUGAAAUCGGCAUGGCAGCCAUGAAUGUGUACGGGCAGCCUCCACACGCGCAACACGUGUACCUUCCUUCUUACUACCAGGGCCAAAUGACCUAUACCCGUGAAGAUCCGAUGCUCAGCGACCAACAGCAAUAUCGAUACAUGACUGUUGACGACAUGAAAUCUAUGGGGGAUGACUCGAUGCGCGUCAACGUGACGGACGACGAGAGGGAUAAUCGGCAUUCCGGAGCACCCACGAUAACCGAGAUGAUCACGAAGGAAACUUGUCAGCGUACAAAUGCCGCCAAUCUGAAACCGGACAAUGUUGAUAUCAAUAGGCACCCAGUUCACGUCGGACCGUCCCUAGAGUCCUUAAACACAUCGCUGGCAGCUCUUGGUACCAUGUCGAAAGGACAAGGAAUGUGGAGGGACAGCUUCCUGGUUUCGUUUCUGGUGGAUGCGCGAGGCGGUGCGAUGCGCGGCUGCAGGCACAGUGGUGUACGCGUGAUCGUUCCUCCUAGGAAAGCAGCGAUGCCUAUGCGCGUCACAUGCAGAUAUCUGAGAAGGGACAAAUUGACGAACCCGCCGCCUUUGAUGGAAGGGGAGGCUCUUGCGAGUCGUAUCCUGGAGUUAGGACCCGUGGGCGCCAAAUUUUUAGGACCCGUGAUCAUAGAAGUACCACACUUUGCUUCGUUGCGAGGAAAAGAACGAGAAAUAGUUAUACUCCGAUCAGAUAAUGGAGAGACUUGGCGCGAGCACACCUUGGAAGCCAGCGAGGAGGCCGUCCAAGAUGUGCUUAAUGAGAGCUUUGAAGGAGAAGAAUUAAGCCAGCUCGAGGAUCUCCAAACUUCUCGAAUCGUGAGGAUACUUACAGCAGACUUCCCACAUUACUUCGCAGUAGUGUCCCGUAUCAGGCAAGAGGUUCACGCAGUUGGUCCAGAAGGUGGCACCGUUUCUUCGUCAGCCGUACCUCAAGUCCAGGCCGUAUUCCCACCAGCGGCUCUCACUAAAAAGAUCAGAGUUGGGCUCCAGGCGCAUCCAAUACCGGCAGAUCUUGUCGCCAAGCUGCUCGGUAACAGAGUGGCUGUAUCACCGAUCGUAACCGUUGAGCCGAGACGAAGAAAAUUCCACAAACCGAUAACCUUAACCAUACCCGUGCCUCAAGCAGCCAAUAAAGGCAUGAUCAAUCAAUAUUCAGGAGAUGCGCCGACGCUGAGACUUCUGUGCAGCAUAACUGGGGGUCAGUCUCGGGCAGUCUGGGAGGAUGUCACCGGUUCGACGCCAUUGACGUUUGUGAAAGAUUGCGUUUCCUUUACUACCACGGUAUCCGCUCGCUUCUGGUUAAUGGAUUGUCGGAAUAUAUCCGAAGCCACGAAAAUGGCUACGGAGCUAUACACACACGCGACACACGUACCUUUUAUGGCUAAAUUUGUAGUAUUUGCAAAGCGAGUAGAUCCAUUGGAGGCAAGAUUGCGCGUAUUUUGUAUGACCGACGAUAAAGAGGACAAGACCUUGGAAAAUCAAGAGCACUUCACGGAAGUAGCGAAGAGCCGAGACGUGGAGGUGUUGGAGGGGAAAACGCAAUACAUGGAGUUUUCGGGUAACCUCGUGCCGGUGUUGAAGAGCGGCGAACAGCUUCAAUUGCCGUUCAGAGCUUUCAAGGAGAACAGAGUGCCGUUCACGGCGAGAAUAAAGGAUCCGGACGCAGCCGAUAUGAUGGGUCGAAUAAUGUUCAUGAGCGAGCCGAAGGUUCCUAAAGGCGAAUUGCCUCAGACCCCUAUAUGCACGUUGAACAUUUUGUUGCCGGAGAAAAUCUCACCGGAGCCUGCCGUCUCCGAGGUCGAUUUAUUAGAGCUCUCGAAGAAUUAUAGUUUUCUACGCGACGGCGGAAUAAGCCGUCCAGACGCUAUUCACAGAGCUACUAUUCGAUUGACCGAUAUUGCAAAUUUGUUGGACAAAGAUUGGGAGAAACUCGCGGAGGAAUUAAACGUACCGCCGAACGAAGUGUCGACGAUCAAGCAAGAGUACGCUAACAAACCGGCGCAGCAAGCCGCAGCGAUGCUCAAAGUUUGGCAGAGCAAUGGAAAUAAAGCAACAGGAAAUACUUUGGAGAAAGCGUUAAACAAAAUUGGCCGCGAUGACAUAGUGAAAAAAUGUAUAUUCAACGUUGAAUUGAUUACCGACGACGUGGAGAAAGCUGUCGCGAGAGUUCGACUAGAUCAACCUGGAUUUGAUUCUUUGAAAGAAGAAUUGGGUCCUUCGAGGGACACCUCUCUUCGCCGUGACGCGACGAUGGAUCCAAAGAUGAAUCCCGAUUACGAUGACUUUAAUAAGAGCAAGGAGUCGGGAUCUAUGGAAGAACUCGAUACAAGCGGCACUAAACGAGAUAAAUCAAAACAGCAUGUCACGAUCACAAACGGCACUGUAUUCAACGGAACCUCGACCCCUAUCAAAGAUAAAUACGCAAGCGAGGAGAAAGAACUGGGGGAUGUAAUGGCCGAUUUUCUCGAGCACAAAUGUCACGUUAGCGAUACGAUGAGCAAAAAGUUGCGCGAUGAACUUGACGACAAAGACAAAAAACGACAGAGGGUGAUCGCAGACGCCAACAAAAUAGUAUCCGGUGUAAUAGCAGACGCAGAGAAAGCGAAGGGGAAGUUAGCUAAGGAAGGGUGGUCGGUGGUUUAUGAUGAUGAUGAUGAUGAUGAUGAUGAUGAUGAUGAUGAUACGCGAGACAAUAAAGAGGCAAGAGGUGCUAUAGUCGAAAGUUUUGUUAGGGAACAGUUUGUUAAGAAAAAGCCUAAGGAUAAGAUCCUUAUGGGCGAGGAAACGAUUACGAUCGAUCGAACGCCAAUCGUCGAGCCGACGAUAGUUAAGCAGCGUGUCGUUCGCGAUGGGAAGGGAGACUCUAAUGCGAGGAUAGUCACAUCGAAAACUGUAGUUUCCGUGAUGGAGGGUAUUCGGGAACCGGUGAUCGGUGAACAAGAAACGAUGAAAGAGAUGGGUCGAACGUCUGCGGACGCAGCGAGGAUCCCCAACGGUAAACAGAGCGCGAUAAGCAAGAAGGAGAUGAUGUCGAGAGAAGGUAAGGAAAUCGACGAGAAAUUGAUACCCGCUGGUAUCGUAUCGAUAACGUCGAAGAGAGAGAAGGAGGAGGACGCGAAGAAGGGGAAGGAGGUCGAAGAAUCGAAAGUUAACAUUCCAAAGGAGGGGAGACUCACGACCGACAAGCAGGUAUCCGCUUACGAGAGCGUUUACAACGCCCAACAUCCAUCCACGGACGAGAAGCAAGAGGAUGAGUCGAAGAAGUCGAAGGACAAGAGCGGCGGGGGUAUAUUGUCCGGGAUCUUUAAGGGAUCCAAACUUAAGAAGAGCAAAUCGAAAGGAUCGAAGGACACGUCUUUCGAUAGCGGCGACGAGGAAUCGAAAGUGGCGGCGACUAAUAAUAAAGAGGUUAAAGAGCAACAAACGAAACCGUCUACUUUCGUUUCGUACGACGCUUACAUGGAUAUGAAACCUGCCGAGCAAACCGCGACCGACAUUAAAUUGGCCACGAUGCAAUUCUUGGACGAGUCGAGACGCCUGGCUUCGGAGGUGCACGCGCUCGACAGUGGAUUGAUCACCUCGACUCGGGUCGAGGAUAAGGAAGAAGGGAAGGAAACGAUCAAGAAUGGGGCAGAUCGAGGCGUGCAGGCGGACGACACCAGCGAUCAGGAGAGAGAGAAAGGUGGUGGUUUCUUCGGUAUGUUCAAGAGUCCAAAGUCGAAGGAGAAGAGAUCGAAGAAGAGCAAGGAGUCGUCGUUGGACAGUGGCGACGAGGAGGUUCGAAUCGCCACGGAGAGAUUGUUGGACGAUACGCGAAAGGUUGCCGAAAGCACGAUCGUUGUUCCCUCAUCCCCCACAGUGGACGGGAAACAGGAUCUGUACACGUUCAUCUCGGAGGUUCGUUACAACGAGGACACGCCCAAGGAUAAAUUGAACGGGCAUUCGUACGAUGUUUCGGAGAUUCGUAGGAAGGGGGAGGCGGAAAAAAGCGGCGCUCGCAAAGAAAGUGACGGAAAGUCGGAGGCGAGGAAGCGGGACAAAGAGCACAGCGAUAAAAAGUCGGGUUCCCCGGAGAAAAGGGUGAUAGGUGAGAAGGAAGAGGAGGAGGAGGAGGGUAAGGAGAAGGGGGGCGGAUUCUUCGGUAUGUUCAAGAGUCCGAAAUUGAAGAGCAAGAAGAGGAGUUCGUCGAGGGAGAAGAGCUCCUCGAAGGAAGCGUCGUUCGACAGCGGAGACGAGGAGACGCGGCAACUGACGGCGGAAUUUUUGGAGGAUACGAGGAAAGUGGCGGAGAGCAUGCACCGCGAAGGCUGGAGGCAAAUGGGUGAAAGGAUGACGCCGGGCGAGGGGGCAGCAGCCCCCACGGAGGCAUCCGCGGAGCCCGUGGACAAGGACAGAGGUGGGAUCUUCGGCAAAUUCAAGAGUCCAAAAUUGACGAGAGCGUCGCGAAGCAGGUCCCGAGAAAAGAGCAGCGGGCCGCCGCAAGAGGCGACGAGUCCCUCGAUCGACACCUCGACCCGUGACGCGGCGUUGGACGCGAAAGAAAAAGUAGAGGACGCGACGGACGCGAUGGCGAACGGAGGCGAGGCGGCGAGAGACAAAGCCUCGAAGGAAGGCAAGAAGGGUAAGGAGAGGAGCGGCGGCGGCGGCGGCGGCUUCCUAUCCGGCUUGUUCAAGGGGGCGAAGCACGCUGCGGACGAGGCUUCGGAGGAGGUCAAGGAGGCGGUUGGCGAAGGGAGAGAUCGCGCGAGAGAAGCGGUGGAGGGGAAGUCGAAAGAGGUGGACGCGGCGAGGGACAAGGCUGUGUCGGAAGCGAGGGACGGAAAAGACAAGGCGAUUGCCGUUCUGAAGGACGGUGGAAAGGUGUUCGUGGAUACCGGGAAAAUUGCCGGGGAGAGAGUGGUGGAUGCUGCGAAAGGGGUGGAAGGGAAGGUGGAGGAUGCGGUUGACGGCGUAAAAAGAAUUGGAAGGGACGGAACGUUGGAGAUAGGGAGAAACGUUAAAGACGUCGCAAACGGUAUCGAGGAUAAAAUCGGGGAGAAGGUAGGCGAGGGCGCGCAGAAGGCGGCCGAUGGCGGGAGAGCAGUGACGGAUAAAGCAACGGAGGGGAUAAAGGACGUGGAGUCAGCCGGGCGAAGCGUGGGCGAGGGCGCGAAAGCGAGCAAGGACAAGGUAGCUAAGGAGGUUAAGGAGGACAUGGACGCGGCGAGGCAGAAGAUGUCUUCUGGAAUAGACUCGGCGGCAGAGAAGGCCGCGAAGGAAGCGAAAAGGGGGAAGGAAAAGAGCGGCGGAUUCCUCUCUGGACUGUUCAGAAGCGCGAAACACGCGGCGGACGAAGUUUCCCAGGAGGCGAGAGAGUCGGUCGAGGAGACGAGGAAGGAGGUUGGCGAGGAGGAGGCUCGCGCUCGCGAGGCAGCGGCGGAGAAAUCGAAGGAAUUGGACGAGGCUGUUAAAGAGAAAUUGGUAAUCGUUGGCGAGAAAGCGAGCGACGUCGAGGAAAGGGCGGACGCUGCGAUCCGUGAGGCGAUCCGCGACGCGGGCGCGGCCAAGGACGAAGCGAUGGCGAAGGUCGCAACGAGCGCGAAGGACGUCGGCGAUAAGAUCGCGGAGGGGGCGAAGGACGCCGAGGCGAGAGUGGAAGCAGCCGUCAAGGCAGCGAAGGACAAGGUGGGCAAGGAGAUGAGAGAAGACGGCGAAGCGGCGAAGCAGAAGGUAGCGUCCGGAAUAGAGUCGGAUGCGGCGAGAGACAGGGCCGCGAAGGAAGCGAGGAAAGCGAAAGAGAAGGCCGGUGGUUUCUUGUCUGGGCUGUUCAAGGGUGCGAAGCACGGCGCGGACGAAGCUUCCGAAGAGGCGAAGGAGUUGGUCGAGGAAACGAAAAAGGAAGCGGUCGAGGAGGAGGGUCGAGCGACGAGAGACGAAGCGGUGGCCGAUGCGAUCGACGUUAAGGACAAGAUCAGCGAAAAAGUAUCGGAUGCCGCGGCUAGAGCUGUCGGCGAAAAGACGAUUCCGGGCGACGAUACCGUGGAACGGGUAACGAUCGAUGGCUCGAAGGCAGCCGAGGACAGGGUGGCGGCGGGUACAAAAGCCGUGGAAAACGAGGCUGCGUCGGUUGCAAAGGACGCGAAAGACGAGAUCGGCGAUGGCGGUCGGAGAGACGCUGGAAAAGCGGUUGGAGAGAAGAUUGCGGACGGCGCGGAGAAGAUGAGAGACGCGGGCGUGCGUGAAGUGGUGGACGCCGCGAAGGCGGGAAAGGAGAAAGUAGCGAGGGAGAUCGGAGACGACACGGAUGCAGCGAAACGGAAGAUCUCGUCCGGAAUAGGGGCAGUGGUGGAAGGGGCGGGUGGCGCGAAGGACAAGACGGCGAAAGAGGCGAAGAGAGCUAAGGAGAAGACGGGCGGAUUUCUCUCGGGACUGUUCAAGGGCGUGAAGAACGCCGCGGACGAAGUUUCGGACGACGUUAAAGAAUUCCUGGAGGAGACGAGGAGGGAGGCGUCGGAGGAGAAGGGCCGCGUACGAGACGCGGUCGAGGAGAAGUCGAGGGCGGCCAAGGACGAGGCGGCCGAGGAUAGAGCGGCGACCGCUGCCAAAGACGCCAAAGACGCGUCGUUCGCGAAGGUGUCCGACGCCGAGCGAGAAGCGUCGGAUGCGGGGAAGGGCGUCGGCGAGAGGAUGGCCGAGGGGGUGAAGGAGAAAACGGAGAGAAUCGCUGGGGCGGCGAUCGACGGCGCGAAGAAAGCGAGGGACGAAGGUGGCGCGGUCUCGAAGGACGCCGCGGAAAAAGUUGCGAUCGUCGCGAAAGAGGCGAGGGACAAGGUGGCCGAGGGCGUGGACGCGGUGGCGGACGGUGCCAAGGACAGAGUCUCGAAAGAGGGGAGGAAAGGUAAAGAGAAGACGGGUGGUUUCCUCUCGGGACUGUUCAAGAGCGCGAAACACGCGGCGGACGAAGUCUCCGAGGACGCGAGAGGCUUGGUCGAUGAGACGUGGAAGGAAGCGGGUGCAGCGAGAGAGAGAGCAGUGGCGGAUGCGAGAGACGCGAGAGACAAAGUUGGGGAAAAAGCGGCGGAUGGCGCGCGGAAGGUGUCCGAGGUUGGGAAAACUGCGAUCGAGAAAGCGGAGGAGGGAGUGAAACGAAGAGCGGACGCCGUCGCGAGAGACGCGAGCGAAGCUGCGAAAGCGGCCAGGGAUAAAGUGGUCGCCGAAACUUUGGACGCCGAGGAUAAAAUGGCGGUGACGGCGAAGGAGAGGAGGGACGAGAUCGGCGAAAAGGCGGUUGAAAGCGUUGGAAAGGUAUCGGACGCUGGAAAAGCUGCGGGGGAAGAGUUAACGAAAGGCGCGAAGAGAGCCGUGGACAAAGCUGGAGAGAUGGUCCACGAUGCGAGUAGCGGUGCGAAGGCGACCAAGGACGAGCUGGCGCGGGAAAUUAGGGAGGAUGGCGAGGCUGCGAAACGGAAGAUAUCGUCCGGCGUGGAUGCCGUAGUGGAUGGCGGCGCUGCGGCGAAAGACAAGAUCGAGAGGGAGGCGAAGAGGGCGAAGGAGAAGGGUAGCGGUUUCCUUUCCGGUUUGUUCAAGGGAACGAAACACGCGGCGGACGAGGUCGUGGACGACGCGAAGGACUUUCUGGAGGAAGCGAAGAGAGAAUCGUCGGAGGAGAAGACACGCAUUUACGAAGCGAUGGAGAAGACGAUCGAGGACACGGCCGCGGCCAAGGACAAAGCGAUUAUCGAAGCGAGGGACGGGAAGGUGAAAGUUGGAGCGAAAAUUUCGAUCGGUGAAAAGUUGGAAGAUGGGGUGAAACGGAGGGGAGAAAGGCUAGAAUCUACGGCUCGAGAAGCGGUUACGGACGCGAAGGAUGCCAAGGAGAAAAUCGGCGAGAAAGUGGCGGAUGUUGGCAAGAGGGUGGAAGAAGGGAUCUCGAAGGCAGUUGGGGACGCGGAAGCGUCUGCUCGCGAGAUAGGCGAGGGCGCGAGAGUGGCGAAAGAUAGGGUGGAGAAAGAGGACGCCGCCGCCGCGAGGCAAAAGAUCUCGUCGGGCGUGGAUGCGGCGAUGGAUAGCGCGGACGCGGCUAAGGAGAAGAUUGCGAAGGAGGCGAAGAAGGGUAAAGAGAAGGGCGGAGGUUUCCUCUCGGGCCUGUUCAGAGGCGCGAAACACGCCGCGGAGGAGGCCUCGGAGGGGAUGGAAGAUUUGCUGGACGAAACGAAGAGGGUAGCGGGCGAGGAAGAGGCCGGUGCUCGCCAGGCGGUGGAAAAAGCCGGGAGAGAUAUCGACGCGGCGAAGGAGAGAGCGGUUGCAGAGGCGAGAGACGCGAGAGAUAAGGCGGCGACCUCGAUGAAACGCGCCAAGGACGAGGUGGGCGAGAAAGCGUCCGAGGGUGUGAGAACGCUAACGGCGGUUGGCAAGGGUGUCGUCGACGGAACGAAGGACGCGACGAAACGAGCCGAAGCCGUUGCUCGAGAAGCGGCCGACGGCGUUGAAGCGACGAGGGAGAAACUAGCCGUGGACGCGAAGGACGCGAAGGACAAACUCGCGGACAAAGCGGCGGACACGGUGCGAGCGAUCGGGGAGAAAGUUAAAGGCGGGGCGGAGGAGGUUGGUCGAGGAUUGGCCGACGGCGCGAGGCGGACGGUCGCGUCUGGAAUGGACGCGGUAGCGGAUAGCGCGGUAUCGGCCAAGGAGAGAGCCGGCAAGGAGGGCAGAAGGGCUAAGGAGAAAGGCGGUGGCUUCCUUUCGGGAUUGUUCAAGGGCGGGAAACAGUCGGCGGACGAAAUUUCGGACGACGCGAAGGAUCUGCUCGAGGAGACGAAGAGGGAGGCGUCGGAAGAGAGCGGCCGUUUGCGCGACGCGGCCGACGAGAAGUGGAAGGGCGCGAAAGCGGCGAAAGACGAGGCGAUCGCCGGCGUCGAGGACGCGAAAGAUGGAGUGAAACGCACCGAGGAUACGAUCGGUGGGAAGGUGUCCGACGCCGCGCGGAAAGUGACGGAUGUUGGAAAGAGCGUGAGCGACGAAGCGAAACGCGCGGCGGAGAUAACGGAAACGAAGAUUCGAGAGGCGGCCGACGGUGCGAAAACGACGAAGGACAAAAUCGGCGCGGAGCUCGAGCGCGUCGAGGCUGAAGCGGCGACAGCCGCCAAGGACGCGAUGGAAACGAUCGGCGAGAAACUGGGCGAUGGUAAGCAGAAAGCGCGCGAAAGCGGAAAAGCCGUGGUGGAAGGUGCGAAGAGGGCCGAGGAUAAAGUGGCGAGGGAAAUGGAAGCUGGAAGAGAGAGAAUUUCUUCGGAGAUGGAUAGAGCUGCGGAGAGUGUAGCGGCGGCGAAGGACAAACUGGCGAAGGAGGGUAAGAAAGGGAAGGAAAAGGGCGGCAGAUUCCUGUCUGGAUUGUUGAAGAGCGUGAAACAGGCGGCGGACGACGUUUCGGAAGACGUGAAAGAAUUCGUGGGCGAGAAAAAAAGAGAGGCUGUUGAGGAAGAGGCGCGCGCUCGGGAAGCUGCGUCCGGAAAACUGAAGGAUCUCGGUGCAGCGAGGGAUAAAGCGGUCGAUGACGCGAAAGAGGCGAGAGACAAAGUCAGGGACGCGGUGAAGGAUGGGAAGGAGAAGGUGGAGGAAAAAGCGUCCGAUAUCGCGCGACGAGUAACGGACGCUGGCGGAGCCCUGGGUGGGAAAGUUUCGAGCGUUGCGAAGGAUGCCGAGGCGGCCGUGAAAGAUUUGGCGGAGACAACUAGGGACGAGGUAACGGCCGGCGUAAGAGACGCGGAGGACAGAGGCGCGUCUCUGGCAAAGGGCGCCGAGGAGAGGAUCGGCGAGGCUGUGUCCGAUACCGCGCGGAAGGUGGCGGAUGCCGGGAAAGCGGUUGGAGAAAGGAUCGCAGACGGCGCGAGGAAGGCGGAGGACGGAGCGGAAAAGGUCGGCCGCGAGAUAUCGGAUGGUGGGAAAGCGGCGAAGGACGCGGUGGUGAAAGAAAUCGAGGACGACGCCGAAGCGGCGAAGGAGAAAGCGUCGGCGGCGGUAGACGCGGUUACGGAGGGGGCAACGUCCGCCAAGGACAAGGCUGGGAGGGAAGCUAAGAAAGCGAAAGAGAAGAGCGUGGGCUUCCUCUCGGGGCUGUUCAAGGGAGCGAAACACGCGGCGGACGAAGCGUCGGGGGACGCGAGGGAAUUCCUGGAAGAAGCGAGGAGGGAAGCGGCGGAGGAGAAGGCCCGGUUGCGCGAAGCGGCGGAGGCGAAGGCGAAGGACGUCGACGCAGCCAAGGACCGAGCCGUGGCGGACGCGAAACGAAAAAUUGUGGGAAUCGCUGGAGACGAAGCGGUUGGGAGAAUAUCCGAGGGUGUAGAGAGAACGACGGACGCCGGUAGAGCUGCCGGCGAAAAAAUCGCGGAUGGCGCGAGGCGGGUACAGGCGAAGACGGAAGCGGCGGCUCGCGAGGCGACGGAUGCCGUCGAAUCCGCGAAGGAGAAACUAGUUUCGGAUACGAGGCGCGUUGGAGAGAGGAUCGAAUCUGCCGCGAGAGACGGCAAGGAUCGAAUCGGCGAGAAAGCGAAAAUGGCCGAGGACGAAACGAUGGCCGUGGCUCGAGAUAUAGCAGGCGCCGUUAAAACGGCAAAGGACAAAGCUGCGAAGGAGGCGAAGGAGGACGUUGAGAUCGCGAAGGAAAAAGUGUCGUCCGGCGUAGAAUGGGUGGUGGACGGUGCGUCGAGUACGAAGGAAACGAUCUCGAGGGAAGCGAAGAAGGCUAAAGAGAAGGGCGGCGGUUUUCUUUCCGGCCUGUUCAAAGGUGCGAAACACGCGGCAGACGAAAUUUCGGAAGACGGGAAGCACUUGGUCGACGAAGCGAAGAAGGAAAGUGCGGAAAUGGGCGAGAAAUUAGGAAAGGGCGUCGACGCGACGCGAGACAAAGGAAUCGCAAUUGCGAGAGACGUCGAGGACAAAGUUGGCGACAAGGUGUCGGAAGGUGUGCGAAAGGUAUCCGAGGUUGGUAAAGCUGUUGGCGAAAAGGUGACGGAUGGCGCGAAGGAGAUUGGCACGGGGGUUGAAACCGGGGCGAGGCAAGUAAGAGACGCUGCAAAAGCGACGAGAGAUAAAGUGGCGGCUGGCGUGAAGGAUUGCAAGGACGAAGCGAUCGCCUCUGCGAGGGAUGCCAGGGAUAAAGUCGCGGAGAGAGUGGUGGAGGGUGGCGAAGCGGUUGGGGAAAAAGUCGCGGCUGGUGCGAAGAGAGUGGAAGCAGCCGUUGGAAAAGCGGCGGACGAGACGAAAGGGACGAAGGACAGAGUAUGUAAAGAAAUUCGAGACGAUGUCGAAAGUGUGAAGCAACGAGUUUCCUCGGGGACAGAUGCGCUAGUCGAGGGUGCAACCUCCGCGAAGGAUAAAGCGACGAAGGAGGCUAAGAAGGCUAAGGAGAAGGGUAGCGGCUUCCUUACGGGAUUGUUCAAGGGAGCGAAACAGGCGAGCGACGACGUUGCCGACGAGGUGAAGGAAUUUCUGGACGCGACUAGGAGAGAGGCAGCGGAGGAAGAAGCUCGAGCCCGCGAGGCGAGGGACAAGGCAGCUGCGGAGGCGAGGGACGCCGAGAAGGCAGCGGGCGAAAAAGUAUCGGGCGUUGGCAAAGUGGUUGACGAGGGGGUGAAACGAGUCGAACAGCGGACGGAUGCUGCGAUUCGUGACGCGGUCGAUAGCGCGAAAGCGGCAAAAGAUAAAUUAACAACGACGGACGCCAAGGAUAAAGCUGUCGCGAGAGACGCGAGGGAUAAAGCGAAGGAGAAGGCGAGCGAGGGUGGAGAGAAAGUAUCAGAAGCGGGUAAACGAGCGGUGGGAGAGAAAGUAGCAGUGGACGGCGCGAAGAAAGUUGAGGCCGAAAAUAUAGGUGCAAAAGCGGCGAGGGAGGAGGAGAAAGUAGAAACGGAGAAGGAAGCGGACACGGCAGCGGAUAGUGCGUCAUCGGCGAAAGAUAAAGUAGCAAAAGAUGCUAAAAAAGGGAAGGAAAAGGGUAGCGGUUUCUUUUCCGGAUUAUUAAAGAGCGCGAAGCAUGCCGUGGACGAAGUGUCGGAGGAGGUGAAGGAGUUCGUUGACGAAACGAAGAAGGAGACCGCGAAGGAGGAGGCGCGGGCGCGCGAAGCGUUGGCGAGGAAAGCGGAUGCGGCGAAGGAUAAGGCCGGGGCUGACUGGAACGAUGCGAAGGAUAAGGUGAGGACAAGCGCGAAAGACGCGACGGACGCAGUUGGAGGAAAAAUAACCGAGGGGGUGCAAAAGGUAUCGGACGCUGGGAAAAUUGUGAGCGGAAAAAUCGUAGAAGGAGCGAAAGGAGUGGAGGCAAAAGCCGAAGCAGCUGCUCGGGAUGCGGUCGAGAGUGGUAGAGCUGCCAAGGACAAAGCAAUCUCCGACGCGAAGGGUGUUAAGGACGCGAUCGCAACAUCCGUCCUUGAUGCUAAGGACGGUGUCGGUGAGAAAAUAUCCGAAGGCGUGGAGAGAGUAUCGGACGCUGGUUCAUUUGUAUCCGCCAAAUUCGUGGAUGGAGCGAAGCGAAUUGGCGGUGGAGAAACGGAAUCGGUCGCAAGAACGACGAAGGACGCUUUAUCGGAGGAAAUUAAAGGCGACGCCGAUGCUGCGAGGGAGAAAGCGAUUUCUUCUGGGGUCGCGGACGAGGCGAGAGACAAAGCCUCGAAGGAAGGUAAAAAGGGGAAAGAAAAGAGUGGCGGUUUUCUGUCGGGGUUGAUCAAAGGCGUGAAACAUGCGGCGGACGAGGUUUCGGGCGAGGUUAAGGAAUUCUUCGACGAGACGAAGAAGGAAGCUGUCGAGGAGGAGGCGCGCGCUCGCCGAGCAUUCGUCGCUAAAGCGAAAGAGGCGGACGCGGUUAAAGACGAGAUUGCGACUGGCGCGAAAGACGCCAAGGAGAAGAUCGGUGAGAAAGUAACCGCUGGUGUGCAAAAGGUGUCGGAUAAAGUCGUGGAUGGAGCGAAGAUCGUGGAAAUAAAAACGGAAACUCGAGCGCGAGAAAUCGGCGAGAACGUUGAAGCGACGAGGGACAAAGCGGUGGCGGAUGCGAAAGAUGCCGGAGAAAAAGUUGCAACUGCGGCGAAGGAUACGAAGGACAAGAUCGGCGAAAAGGUGUCGGAAGUUGGGAAAGGUGUAGGCGCUAAAAUUACCGAUGGAAUAAAGAAAACGGAAGCAAAAGUGGAAACAAUCGGUCGGGAUGUGAGCGAUGGAGCGAAAGCGACGAGGGACAAAUUGGUCAAGGAGACGAAGGAAGACAGCUCGAUCGUGAAAGAGAAAAUCAGCUCUGGGGUGGAUACCGCGAUGGAUGGCGCGAAAGCAGCGAAGGAUAAAGCUUGGAAGGAGGGUAAGAAGGCGAAGGAGAAGAGCGGUGGUUUCUUGUCCGGUUUGAUCAAAAGCGCGAAACACGCCGCCGAUGAAAUUUCCGGGGAUGUUAAAGAUUUCGUGGACGAGACGAAGAAAGAGGCGAUCGAGGAAGAGGCUCGCGGCCGCGUGGCAGCGUCCGAAAAAUCGAAACAGGUCGAGAUUGCCGCGGAAAAAGUUGGCCUCGCGGAAAGUGGGAAAAGUGGGAAAGGCAAGGUUAAAAGCGCGCAGAGAGUAUCGGAUUCGGGUAAAGCUGGCAGCGAGAGGGACACCGGAAGAAUUUUUGGAGAGAAAUUAUCGAGUCAAGUAGGACAGAGAUUCAUCGCUGUUAGUAGCGACCCUAAAAGCGCCGUGGCCGAGUUUCUGGAAGAAAUGAAACGCGACUCCGCGUGGGACAAGGUGCACUUCCAACACGAGCCGGACGUCCAUUUGUACGAAAACGUGGACACGAUGUUCGUGAAAGAGAGGAAAGAGGAGGGUGAAUCGAGAGAGGGUGGAACGGGGGUGAAACACGAGAAAGAAUCGUCAAAAAAAUCGGCGGCGAAAGUUGCUUAUUCGGUUUUCGAUACGCACGAUCCACUUUCUGAGCUAGAUUCCGAGGCACGGAUCAGGCUGUCCGAGAGAGGGGUCGAGGACAGCGAUGGUGGCGGGGAAUCGAUGUUCAAGAAAGUAUCUCGCAUUCCACAAAGAGUUAGUUCCUCGACGGAACGGGUUAGCCCUAGUAGUUCGUCGGAUAGUAGUAGUUCGACGGUUAGGAUAUUAAAUGUAUUUAGAAACGUAGAGCACCUCGAGCCUCGCACACGACAAACCGUCACCACAGUCGUAACAAAGUCUGUGCGGACGGCAACGACCCCACCACCCAGUCCCGCCGAGUACACUGACAGUAGAAUUGAAGACGUAACCGAAGAGGCGGCAAGACGAGCCCAGGAUCUAGCCGAUCAAGCACAAUCAUUGGCGAAAUCAGGGCAUGAUUCGGCUGAGAUUGAUGGGACUCGUGUAGAGAGGCAUGCUACUUCUGCUCCAACAAAGCAACCUGUUCCCGCCCCGCGACACUCUACCAGGUCGUCCAUCAAAACAGACUUUCAUCUAGACUUGGCAGAUACCCCGUACACGCCUUACAGUCCGAAAACUAGCAAGGCGAGGGACGAGCAAUCGAGACCGGUUCAGGGACACCAUUUUUCCCCGGAUAAGAACAGCCCGACGAGUAAGAUACCGGUGAGAGUAAAGAAAUCGAUGGAGAACGACGGGAGGGCGAGCAAAAUCGAGUUUGACGAUCGACGAUCGGAUUUUGCCGCGACGGCAAAUCGGGAAAAUGGCGACGACGACGAGUCGCUCGGCGAGAAAGAGGCGCGGCAACCCGAGGAGGACAAGGAGAGAAGCGACUCUUCCCUGAAAUCCGAACCGUCGAACGAGACCCAGACCGGAACCAUAAUAGAAGAGACGUGCUGUUCCGCGCUCCCCAUCGACGAACACGAGACCGCUUUCGUAAAGAGAACGGAAACCGUGACCACCGUGAUCAGAGAGGAAACGAGGGAUCGUCCAUCGUUCGUGGACGAAACGACGUCGACGAGAGAGACGUCGACCCGCGUGGAGAACUGGCCGCUCGAUUCGACGGCGAUAUCGAAACACGACGAGAGAGGGAAGACGGAGGUGGUGAGAACGGUGAUGACGACUGUCCGAUGCGCCACGACCACGGAAUCUUAUCUUGGGACGGAUCGAAGCGAGAGAAUCGUGGAAAGAACGGAGCGUGGAAACGGCGUGGAUUACGGGGACGAUACGGCGACUAUACCUCCCACGGUGAAAGGUCGCGAUCCAAUGCCGUUCGACGUCGAACAGGCGUCGGGUAAUAUGGUAAAAAGCGACACAGAGUUGUCCGAGCCGUGGGGCCAGGCCAGCCUGUCGGAUCGUUCGUUCCCGAACGACGAGAAGGUAGAGCAAUGGGAGAGCCAGCUCUCCCAAGACACGUCGCCCGGCUCCGGUAACGGUGACAUUUAUACUAAGAACGGUAGCUCACGGCAUGAUUUGAACAGCGACACUGAUAGUGACGGUUCACCAAGAUCGAGGAGAAGAUCUCCGAGCAAGAGGUGUACAUUGGGCAGUUCCAGCGGGUCUGAUGUAGCACUGCACGAAGGUGCGGAGCUGUCCCCGUUGGAGGACGACCAAGGUACCGCACUCACAGCUAACCUUCUAAAAUCUGACUUUUUGCAACUUAGCGAGCCAUCCUACAUGGAAACGACAACGACAGAAGAGGACCCUGAAACUCAGGAAAGAGUAACGAGAACUGUUCAAGUAAUUACAACAACGAGCGGAACCACUAGUGGUCCAGACGAAUUGCGAGAGUCCAUGCAAAAGAUCGUCGAUAGAUUCAUGAUGGAGGAAAGGCGAGAUCAGUGAAGCAUGAAGAGGUCUCAUGGGCGAUUAUAAAAAUAGAGAGAAUUGAAUUCUUCGCCAUUUAAUAAUCGUGCAUAAUAAAGAAAGAAAGAGAGAGCGAGAGAGAGAAAGAGAGAGAGAGCGAGAGCGAGAGAGAGAGAGAGAGAGAGAGAGAGAGAGAGAGAGAGAGAGAGAGAGAGAGAAGGAAAAACGUUUAAAUAUAAAUUCUUUAAUACUAUAAUUGAAUGGAAGCAUCUAUCUAAUUUGGCGUAUCCUCGAACGUCAAAUGAGAUUAUCUUUUAGAAAAUUAAAACAGGAGCAUAGAAAAAAAAAAGAAUCUUUCGAUAUAGAUCUCGCUCGCAUCUAUGUUAGAUAUGUCAAAUAUCGUGGAUUAUUCUCGCAAUGCUUCGUGAAAAUACGUGAAAAAUAUGUGCACGAUACUUUAUUAUCAUACUCAUGGCCUACGCUUCGAAUUUGCUUGCCUUUCGGUUAUUGAGUUGCCUUAUAUUAUAUUUACGUUUAAUCUUGCUAUUAAAUAAUAUCAUCGCUAGUCCGACUAGCCGAUUUCGCUAGUCUUCACUAAGCCAACCCGUCCAUGUACAACGCCUUUCUCGUGUUGUUCAAAGCGAAAAGAAACAGAAGAAGAAAAUUAAGGAAGGAGUAAAAACGCUUACGAUAACAAGAUGUGGACAAAAAAAAAUGAAAAAAAAAAAAAAUAUUCGUCUGAGAGAUGCAAGUCCGACCAACAUUAUGGCGAUAUAUAUUUGUAAACAUUUUUUGAAAAUUGAAAAAAAGAUAGGUGAAGACGAUGGUAUCGAAAAAAAAAAAUAGAUCUUACAGUGACUUCGCAUAACUCGCCAUUUGGCAGUUCAUUUUAGCUUUAGAAUGAUUGUAUAUCUAUCCAUGCAAUACAGCGCUUGAUAGGUCAGCAAACACUUGAGUCACAUUUUUUGACGAUGAACUGCACACACAUAUACAAAUUCUAAAAAAAAAAAGAAAAAAAAAUGAUUUCUUGUUGUUAUUCGAAUCAUUGGAAAUCCCCGGACAAAACGUAAGAUUGAAAAUUCUUAAGAAAAUAUCGGAUACCGUCUAUUUCCGAUUUGAGUAGCGACAAGAAAUGUGAAUGUUUUUAUGAAUCGUAAUGUAAAUUUAACUUAUUUAAAAGAAUAUUUCCUAACAAUUUUUAAUUGUAUAUAUGAUAAUUUCUUAGCGUAACUUAUAUAAAUGUACUAUUAUACGAUUGUAAUAAUUGCAAGAUUAAAACAUGAAUAUUUUAUUUAUAUAGCAGAAUCAUUGGACGAAUGUUACACGCAUAAAUCAUAAAAUCAGAAGGAAUGUUAAUCGGCGAUCUAUCCUUCGUGAAAUCAUGUAAAUUAUUAUAAUUAUUGUAAAAGAGAAAAAGAAAAGGUAAAGUGACAUGAUGAUUAUAGAAAAAAAGAAAUGUGUUGUUUAAACUUUUAUGACUCGCGAAACACGUCUUAAUAUUUAAGCAGCGUUAGCUUUCAAUGUAUAACACAGUUUUAAAAGGCACAGAAAGGAAUCGUAUAUAGUAUGUAUUUAAAAGGAAAAAAUAUAUAUAUAUAUAUAUAUAUAUAUACAUAUACAUAAAUAUACAUAUAUAAUAAAUAAGGUAUUCUAUUAAUGUAUAAUAUAUUGAAAAGAUAUAAUUAUGCAUCUGAAGUUUAUAAAUUAUUAUCUAUAAUGACUGUUAUUCUAUGUUUAAUAGACUUGCCUAGAGCCUAUCUGACCUAAGGACCAAAGGCACAAUCACACACGCAUCAAAAUAAAACAUUAUGCUCCUAUGUAUUGUCGUAACAUUUAUUGUAACUUAUUACGGACGUUGCGAUACUGGCAUUUAAAUAUUCCGACUGUUACAAUACAUUAUUUGUAUUACAAAACAAAAAACUAUUUUCCCUUUUACACGAGACCGCAAAUUGAUGUAACACGACGAAACUAUUAUUGACAGACUUUUUUUAUUCACUGUCAUUUUUCUGCAGUAUACUAGUACAAUUUUUUACUAAUAUCUACACUCUAUUGAGUACAUUGAUAAAAAAUAUUAAAUAUCUUCUAAACGUCGACCACGUAACUUCACUGGCUAAUUUAUUGUUUAUUCAUAAUUUGUCUAAUAAAAAUACAAAUGAAUCAAAUUUA